AUGACUUUCCGGGAUGGUAUUGAGGAAUGUCCAGCUCCUGACAUGGCGAAUUGGGUACCCGAUGCGCCUCAGGUUCCAGUGAGUCGACAGGUGUGCUUACGUAUCAUCAACAGGCGAGGAGAUCAGAGGCACAAAAUUAUCUUGGCGGAUCCCAUCCUGUCGUGUAUGCUCAGUUCAAGAGACAGGUUAUUCGUCAGGUUACUUCCUGCCGAGCGUCUAAACGCAGUUGGUGGAAAUCAAGCUCAUAUGGAAACCGUACUGUUGAAUGUCUACAAUUCCAAAGAAUCCAGGCGACAAGUAAGGACUGUUCAAGGUCAAGCCACGCAACGGGCCCGGAAGGAAGAACUCUGUCCUCUUGAUGAAGCACCCUACUCAUAUGCAGACUACAUCGUUCCUCAGCAAAAUGCGAUGGAUUUCUGUCCACCUUCAAAACUGACCAAGCCCUAUGCCUUGCAUCACUUCACUCAUACUCUUCGACAGCUCACGAUGGGUUUCCCUCUUCCACUACGGGCUCAUCAGUCUGCAUCAAAAUUGUCUACAAGCGCUUUUAUUUGCUCAUCAGGUGGAAGCAGUCGACGAGUUAUGUUCUGCGUGAAUUGUCGUAUUCUGUCCCAAGUGGAGCAUAAGGUUGACAGAAACCUGGAUAAUGUGCCAAUCUGA